GCUGUCAGUGUGCUCUGGGCUGUGGUGGGGGGAGGAGCGCGUCACACACCCCUCCUGUGCUACCACCCACCGCUAUUCACCUAUUGAACAGUUGGUUGCUGUCUAAGAGUGGUUGUAAAAGCUGUGGUUGUAGUAGUGCUGGCCAUGUGUCGGGGCGGGUAGUGGAGGGUUUUGGGCGACGUGCUGCAAAGGAAAAAUUUAAGUGCAAAGGGAUCCAUCCCCCCCCCAUCUUAACUCUUCAGUAACAGGCUUAUGUGAUGACCCGUGAGCUGGCGGGGUAAAGGUGUGUGUACGCUCCCUUCUGGCUAUGGACACCUUGGGGUACUGGAAGGUGUUUGCGGGAUCGAACUCUAGCAUCUAAACCCCGCCUUUAAGCUUUGGUUACUACGGGCAUCUUAUAUUUGCCUUCGAAGUCGUGUAUCGAGGGAGACUAGGAAUGGUGGGGACGAGAUGAGAGCAUCAAGCUGCUACUGUGAGUUGAAGCACAAUGAACACUCGCUAAGACGCCUCGAGCCCCCUUAUCCGUGCUCCUGUCGCCACACUUUCAUCCUCAGACUCUUCCUUUGCCACCUUGUAAGACAAAUUGACCCCUUUUCUGCCCUUGCUCAUUGUUGUGGCACCCGACCCUGUCCUUCACUAGCCUCAUCCUCGGGUACACUACUAUCUCCUUCAUUAUCCCUGGUGUCUAUCCUUUAGUUCUUCCCCCAGGCUCCCUGUCCUGCCACUGUUCCUCUUCACUGACUGCUCCUUUCCCCUUACUCUAGCCUUCACUCUCCCCCACUUCCCCCUUUAUUUUGUCGACUUUCCCUUUGGUGUGCUUCAACCUUACAUUUCAACUGCCGUAACGUAAUCGUUAAGCUGGGGGCCGCUGAAGCCAUGUCGGUCAUCUGUCAGACCUUCGUCCAGAACACAUGGAGGAAGGACUUGUGCUCCAACUGUUUCAAGUCCAAGGAAGAGCAUGGAGGAGGAGGAGGAGGGGGUGAAGGAGUUAACGAUGGAGGGCACAAAGAUGAUGAUAUAGGCUUCUCCAGAAGCAGGAAUGGCACGGAGGGCGGUGGUGGAGGUGGAUCCAGGCGGUAUAUGGGUGUCGCCGGCCGGGUAUACCAGAGAGGCUACUACAAUAACAAUUGGAAGUCUAUCAUGAUCGACAAGUCAGACUCGGCGCUCGGGUCGCCCGAGAUCAUGAGGAGCGUGUCAAAACUGGUGAGUCAGGAGAACCAGAAGAAUCUCAUGCUGAGCGACAUGGUCACUUCGCAGGAGAAGGAAGGUCUGCGAAGUUCUCGGUUGGUUCAGCAAGUGAAGACGUCGCAGAGCGAGGCCAGGCUUCUUACCGAGCUCCUGGGCGAUAAGAACGAAGACGAGGAGAAGAACGAGAAAGAGGAGAGCAAGUACAAAGAAGACAGAGGGGAUGUGAGUAGUGAUCUGGGGUCGGAGGCGAGUAAUGAUGGCAGUAGCACUUCUUCGCCGACCUCGACUUGCUCGUACCAGGUGUCCUACUCCGCUGUCAACAGUGACACUUCUUCCCUGGAGAGUGAGGGAGGCAGUGACAACUUCGGGGAGGACAAGAUGGAGGACACCCGAGUUAAAGAGGACACCCAUUCACCCACACCAUCCCCCCAACGCUCUCCAGUGAGCAUCCUAAAACAUUCCGGAGCUCCGAAGGGCAAGCGCGGAUCCAUAACCUUCAAUCCAAAGUUGGAGGAAAUUAUUGGUUAUGGCGGCGACGUGGACUACGAUGACGAUGACGACGACAUCGAGGACGAUGACGAUGACUACGAUAAGUUAGCAGAUCUGACCCCAGACGAGCGGGCCUUGAGACAAUUAACGGACAAGAACACAGAGUUCAAUUCAGACAAUGAUAAUCUGAAAAAGGACAUUGAUGAGCUGCUCCCGUCCGUCGAAGAACUAGAAGAGAAGAGGAAGAUGAUCAUUGCAGAAAUUGAGGCACUGGAAAAACUGGGGAGGGAAAAUCGACUGAAGAAUGAAAAGGCAAAGCAAGAAGAGAAAAAAGACGACAAACAGGAAGCUAAAGUGAAGCUGAAACGCUCUCCACCGUUGGUCUCAACGAAGCCGCUGAUCGCUAGAAAUAACAAUGACCUUCGCGUCAACCAGGUCCUUCCUAUGAAAAACGGCGAAGUGGUCAGAACGGGAAUCCCGGAGGACGGUGAAGAGGUCCCUCUGAAGGGCAUCAAACCUAAGUACGUCGCCAGGGAGGAUGAGAUGGUGGAAAAGUCCAGCGUGUUAGAAGGGGAGCUGAAAACCAACAUGGGGAAGAUCACUUCUAUUGACGAAGUGUUUCUCCAGGAGCAGACAAAGAAAGUCAAAGUUACCUCUAUAGACGAUAUGUGUGUACCGGUCGUGGAUGAAACAGUCAAGUCAGCAGAAGUAAGGCAGGAAACUCAGGUGAACACUGUGAAUAUUGACGACAGUCAACAUGAUGAAACACAGGAGGAUAUUGCUGUUGAAACGUCAUUUAAUUCAGAUUGUGAAAGAGAAUCAUCACCAUCAUCACUGUCACCACCAUCACUAUCACCAUCAUCGGAUCUUGGAACGCCAUCUCCUGUGGCACCAAGUGAAGGUACUCCAUCUCACAAGGUACAACAAAAUCAAAAUACUCUCAAUAAAGAUGUAGACAGUGCCAAACCCUGUACACUCACCAAGGGAAGUUCUUCUGCAGUUGGCAGUGAAACAGAAAAUCCAACUAGGAAGGCCCCAGUUUCAUCCCCUAGAAAAUCCCUGAUGGGUCAUAGUCAGCGACAAGCUACAAAUGAUCCAGUUCAGUUAACUACACCAGAAAAUCCCAAGACCUCUCCAAAAGGGAGUCCUCCGGGAACUUGUAAGCCUCGAACAAGUCCAAACCUCACAGCAAGUAGCAAGUCCCCAUCACCCAUUGAAUGCCACAAAAAAAUAGAAACUUCUUCUCGAGGGGCUUCAGUAAUUCCAGGAAAUAUGAUCUUAAAAUCUUCCUCUGCUUUAGUGCAGCAAAAAUUAUUUGAUGAUAUAAAACCCGGAGUAGAGAGAGAACUUAAUGUGGACUCCAAAACUUCAAAUGGCAAAGAUGAAGAAAAACUCGCCAAGCCACACUCGGCAGAAAGUUCAACAGAGGGCACAAGGAACUCUUCGAAACAAAGAACUGAAAGCCUUACACAUUCCCAAGACCACAGUCAUCAAGAUACCUCUACAACACUUUCCAGCGAGUCGCUUCCGAUACCGUCUGGAAAUAUAAGUAAUCAGACAAUUCAAGAGCCUUCCAGCAGCACUUAUCAAAUUCAACCAGAAAGUUGCAAAACCACAAUAAAUCAAGGUCUUCCCGAAUCUUUCAGAGCACUGUCUAAUCAAAAUCUUUCAGAGACUAACAGAGUUUUACCCAAUCAACGUCUUCCAGAAGUUCCCAGAAAACCUUCCUCGAAUAAGAAUAAUCUAGAACUUAACAAAACUUCAUCUAAUCGUGACCUUCAACAAUAUACCUUAAGAACACCAUCUAAUUACAGUCACAUACAGAUUUCAAGAACUUUGUCCAAUCAAAUUACUUCAGAUACUUUAGGGAACUUAUCUGAUCAUAGUCACGCUGAAGCUUCAAGAACGCAAUCAAAUCAAAGUCUUCCAGGAACGUUUAGUGAUCAGAGUCUUCCAGAAACCCCAAGAUCUUCCUGCAGUGAUCAGAGUCUUCCAGAAAACCCCAAAACUCCUGCAAGCCGACAAGGAAGCACAUCUAGCCUUAUGACGACCUUUGGGACGCCCAUAUUGAUAUCGACGACCUCGCCCCAGAACUCAUUCCUUCACUCGUCUCCUACACGAAACAUGUACGACGACACCUACAACUCUCCAUCAGCCAUGCAUACUCAGGAGACUUCAGAUUUCCUGCGGGAUAUAAAGUCGCAGCCAGAAGUUCCAACACCGACGGCAGGGAUCCAGAAGUCGGCUCUGUAUGCCUCGACGUCUUGUCUCAAGGGUCUUCCAGGAGCCAAACCUGUAAUAACGCCCAAACCUCCAAUAUUGAGAGACAAACCCAAAGUACCUCUUAAGCCACCAGGAAGCAGGUCGAGGAUAUAUGCAACGCCAUCACCCAUCACCCCAAAAGUUCCAAUUGGGAACCUUUCAGGAGCUAUUUCGACACCUAACCUCUCAACUCUACAUGCGGAAGACAGGGCUGAAACGGCCUCCUCCGCAUCAGGAGCUUUGGAGGCGUCUUCACCUUCACAGCCAGAAGGUAGACCGGGGCUUGUGUAUAAAUUGACUGCCGAGCAGAAAAAACCACCUCCAACCAUGCAAGCGCCCUCAGUACCUUCCCUAGGUGGGCGGCACCCGGUGGAGGCAGUGUAUGACGUCCCAGUCACGAUAGUCUCAAGUGCUUCAACAACGAGAAACUCCUCUUCCUCCGGGUCGUCAUGCGAGACGAAGCAUGAUGACGACGUCACCAUUUACCACGAGAUCGAUGACAGUAUAAAAGCAAACACAAACUGUGAUAUGGAGUUGGGUCAGGGAUCCCUGGAGUCUCCUUUGGCGAGUCGUCAAGAGUCCACUAGACACCAGUCCAGGUCCACCUUCGAAGCGAACCGCUCCUUGCUCUCCGCCGCUUUGGAUUUUGGUACCAAAGCCACAAGAUCCAGCUCGAACAAGCGGUCCGCGCCUCGACCGCCUGCAGGGGAGGAGGAACAGGAGCACUUUGGACCAACAGAGACUUUGGAGGAUACAACGCCAUUGGUGACUCAGCUGUCUGUGCCUCUGGAAACCUCCUCUCCAAAAGAGGCGCACAGUGAGAGCCCACAGGAAACCUCUGCAGCAAUUCAGGGGGACAGCAAUGAUGGUGAAUCUUAUUCCUCCUUUACCGACGACUUUGAUGAUGAUGACGACGACGAUGAGGAGGAAGAGGAGGGAGACGUAGAGCACCCGACCUUGAGGAAAGCUGAGAGGUCGUCUUCAGCUGUACCCUUCUACAGGAACUCCAUCGGCGCCAUCGGCACCAACGAGAUUAAAGCAAUGUAUGAUUGCCCGAGUGCCCUGGGCAUGAUGAGUGCCUCCCCAUUGGGCAGCCAGGUGUACCAGGUACCCAGCAUGGUCCCCUCCGGCAGCCCCGUGCCCUGCAAACCCCUGGCAACCCGUUCUCACUCCGUGCCCCGCAACACCGACCACGUCGUCAAUAUGGCGCCAAACAUGGCCGGGACUGGCUUUCACGCGCCAACAUCUUCCUCCUCCUCCAAAUUCAGCUUCGGUAGAUCUGGGUUCUUCCGGCCAGCGUCGCCGCCGACGGCGAAGCGAGACUCCAGUAGCGACAGAGGAAGAGACCGCAGUAACAAGAAGACCUCGUCAUCGAGGUUCUCACUGAAGAAGCUGCUGCGUCUUGGAGGUGGCGGCGGGAAGGAUGAGGAGCGACGGGCAGUCAAAGAGCAAGAGAAGCGGCUGGCUAGGGAUGCCAAGAAGGGCAGACUUACCAUCAUCCACCCGCUCGAUUACAAUCAGAAUGGUGUCCAGGUGAUCGCGCGGCCGGAGAAGACGUCGCCAAUAUACGACUACACAGGCAUCUAUGGCUACAUCCCUCCACCCCAGCUGAGUGCCAAGCUGGAAGACCCCAGCGCCUCGACCAUACAGGCAUCUCCCGCUCCAUCACUGGCCAGCAAGAGGUCCGAGGCCUCCCACGGCUCGUCCUCCCUGGGGGGAUCCAGCGUGACGGUGCCUCCUGCUGCCUCUCUACCUCUGGGGUCCGUAGCCACCACCAUUAACACCACGUCUGUGAGCCUCACCACGCCCAUCACCAUACCCAUGACUGUGUCAGCGUCAGCCUGCACCAGUAGUCCCCUGGUGACGGCCACCACCACAACCGCUGCCGCCUCGCCCCUGCAGAAGAACAGCUCCUUCCUCAGAAGAGAGUGUGGUGUGGAGCGUCGGGAGUCUGGGACCAGCUUCACCAGCACCUCUUCCCCACACCACCACCUUGGCUACAACUCGGAAGGCCGACCCAAGCCCCCUCCACCCCCAAGAAAGGUCUCCCUGGAGGGUGUGCAAGCAGGCGACUUAUACUCCACCCUGUCUGACUUGACACCCUCCACAUCGUGUGACCUGACCCACGCACGCCUUCAUGACCACUCCUCUACUACAGACAUGCCUGCACGCCCACAACGUCCACCCCCACCAACUCGUACACUCAGCAAUGCUGGUACCAAAGCUGGCCCGCCCAGGCCAGAACCACCCAAGUUGACCAAGGACUCUGUCUAUGCCAACCUUGGGGAUGUCCGUGCCCCUUUCACCCCACGCAAGCCAGGGAGGACAGCCAGCAUCCGGGGUGAGGACGAUCGUGAGAAGAGAAGAGCGCCACAGCCACCACAGCUCCUUCAGCAGGCUGCACAGGAAGCGGCUCAGCAGGCUACACAGAGGCUGGGCAGACACCAGAAGCAGGACAGCACCAGUAGCAGUUGCAGCAGCAUGAGCAGUGCGAGAGCAGCUAAGGGUCCAGCACCCGCCCGACCACAACACCUCGCUAGUGAUGACUACGACACGACGGGUUCAGAUGAUGUCAGUGUUGUCAAUGUAAGUCAGAAAAAUUGGCUAUUGUGCUCUAACUGCACUAACACCUGGCAGCGUGGUGGUGGGUUGCGGUCAUCGUCGCCAGUGCUUUACGACACUCCUCUUCCUCCAGAGGCACGACCCAAAUCUCCUCAAGACGUCCAGACUCCUGAUGGAUACAUUAUUCCAGCACAGCUUCCCUUGUCUACUGUGGUAACACAGAUAGCUGUAGGAGCAUCAACCUGUACCUUGACAUCUUCCUCGUGUUACAGUGAAGAUGUGUACCAAACACCCAGGCGAGGCUAUCACAUUGAAGAUACAACCUCUGCGCUGUCUUCACGCCAGGAGAAGACGGGUCGUCUGAGUGUUCGGCGUACUUCGGCAAUAACACACCGAAGUCUGGAAGACCAGUACGGUGCUGUAAUCUCUGCUAACCUUGAGGCGCUCUCUAACAUGCUAGAUCAAUUGUGUAAUAAUUGUUGCCCCGCGGGGUAUGAGGACAUCACUUCUGGAGUGUCUCGAUGGGAAGAUGUCGCUAUAGAUGAUGACAUAAUUGUAGGAGCUGGGCACCGACUCUUUUAUGUUGGAGAAGUACGUGGCCGUGAGGUUAUUCUGAUGCUUACACCUGAAACUAAAGUAGACGCUCAUCAUCUGUUGACACCUAUGCCCCUUGCUACCUUUAAAGAUGAACUACCCAGCCACCUGCUCUCUCACAAAUAUAUUACAAGAGGAAAGUCAACGCAUGGUACAGUAUGGGUUUUACCACUUCUAAGUUUAACAACUUUGAGGACAAUAGCAGAGGAAGAUGUUCCACAGUUAUCAAGUGUUCCAGCAGAGUGGGAACGCAACACUUGCCUAUUACUACUUCAGUUAGUCACUGGUCUUAAGCAGCUGCAAGCUCAAGGUGUCGAGGAAACCUGCAUUGAUUUGACCCUUGUUGUUCGAGGAAGCCAAACAAAGGGACAGGACUGUGAUCCCAGAUUAAUACUUGUACCUCCUACAGAAACUGGUUCUUCCCUAAUGUCCCUGUGUGAGUGUGCAGCAGCAGCAACUCUGCUCCUCAUGGGGGUCAAUGAUCCCUUAGAAUGUGCAAGAGAAGGCAACUUCACAAUUCCUUCCUCAGUGCCCUCUCAACACGCUUUCAACAUUCUCUUGCAGUUGCUUCAUCAAGAAAGAGCUGGGUCACUCACACAGGUCAAGUGCGUGUUGGAGGUUCUCCUAUUUGGUCCUGACAGCUCUGGAUGUGAUGCUAAAGAAGGUGAAGAAGUUGAAGCAGCAUUACAGCGAUGGCUUGACCUGGAGAGAGCAACAGUUCUUCACACACUAAUCAGGGGACCCUUGGAGUCCUCAGUGCUCACAAAAUUCCACCUGCUCUUUCUUGUUAGAACCAAUUCUAGAGUUCUCCGGGAAACUAUAAAAUUAUUAGGAGAUCCAGAGGUUACCACAUUUUAGUAUUUUAAGCAAAUUACCCAUGGUGUGUUAGGUUUUGGAGUUCAGCUAUGCAAAUUAAUCAUUCGUGUUGCUUCUGAUGCUAGGAAACAACAAUCGAGUUUUGAUGUUGUUUCUGGUAUUGGAGGAAGACUACCUCAAAUAUAUCUAUUGUGCUGUAAGCACUGGGGGGAUGGAGGAUGUUACAAGGUGGUGUGUAGCACACUGUUACUAGUGGUCAGAAAUUCUUAUUUUUGGAUUUAUAACAUGUAUGUAGGUACAAUGGCCUCAAUAUAUAAAUUAUUCCUUUAUUACUGCACUGGAAGGUUGGUAUUUAGUCAGCAAAAGCCAAAAAUAAAUUUUAUUAAUUGCCAUUUAGAUAUCAAGCUACAUAAUGUUUACAGAUGUAUAUUUUAUCUUUGUUAGUGUGACUAUUUAGAAAUAAUUAAGGUUUAAAGAAAUUCUGGUACAAUAAUGACUAUCCUACCUUGCAGUAAUUCCGGGCGUUAAGGUCCCUGCGGCCCGGUCUCUGACCAGGCCUCCUUACUAACAUGUCAGUGCUAGGCAACUUUUCCCUGGUAAACAAAACUCUUCACCAGAUGGCUUUACAUAUAUUUUUGACACUAGGUUACCAUAGAAAUACUGUAAAAUUUGAAGUAACUGAUAAUGUGAUAGUCUAUAUUAGCUGUUGCCUUUGUCAAAGGGGAUACAAGUCAUAUCUUCCACUUUUAAAUAAACGGUGACAGUUUAUACUGUUGAGAAAGGUACUUGAAAAGUGCUAUUAAGGUUUUACUAAAAUUGUUCAAUAAUAAUUAAGAGUCCAUCUUCAUGCUAUGCUUAAAUCAAAACUGUUUCUUAUGCUGUUUUUCUGCUAAUCUGCCAACUUAUAAACUGUUUUAUAUUAACUGUAGCAGUGUCGUGCACUACUGCAUGUUCAACAGCUAUUGAUUGCUAGAGCCACUUGCCAGAUUUUGAGAUUUAGAAAUAGCCAACUAUAUUUUUUUACCUAUAUAGUACUUGAAAUCUGUUAGUGAUAUUCAAUAUUUGUAAAGUGAGACAAGAAAAUAUUGCAUUUUGGGGUUGAGGAAGGAAAGUUGUUUAAGCAUGCAGACAGGAAGGGAGUAAAGGGUUUGUAACUUCAGCUGUGAUUAUACAGUAUAUGAAAUUUGAAUUUCAUGUUUUACCAUUUUCUGCGGCACUGUCGUGCUGGACAGUUUAUUUACUUUUUUGCAUUAUUCUUAAUGUAGGAAAAUGGCUUCAAAUUGCAGUUAUGCAAUAUUAAAAUACUGAAGUCUUGUAAAGUUUUAGUAAUUCAAAAACUGGUCACUUUACAAAAAACUCAAAACAUGUUUUAUAUUGUUCUUAAAGUCAAUCUUGCUUCAAGAACUAAAAAGUUGAGGUCAAGGAUUUUGCUUGAAGUAAAGGGAACAAAUAUUAAUCAUAAGUAACCUUAAGGAGCUCAUUGGCUUCAUUGUUCGGCUCAAAUGUGUUGUUCCUGAGGGUAUCCUAAUUUGUUAAGCUUUGUAUAUAUUGUAGAUGUGUAUCUUUGUAUAUUGUAAAUAUUGCCAAUAUUCUUCGUGGUCACAUGUAAGUGACAUAAAAUAUACUGGUCAGCUGUAUUUCCAUUAAAGUGCAUUUUUAUUUACUUUAUGAAACUGCAGCAAAAUAAUUUAUGAAAGAUCUAACAAUAAUGCUAAUGGAAUAAACUGGUUACUGGAAA